AUGGUGGAGCAAGGUCAGAUGGUGGAGCAAGGGGAGAUGGUGGAGCAAGGGAGAUGGUGGAGCAAGGGGAGAUGGUGGAGCAAGGGAGAUGGUGGAGCAAGGGCAGAAGGUGGAGCAAGGGGAGAUGAUGGAGCAAGGGGAGAUGGUGGAGCAAGGGGAGAUGAUGGAGCAAGGGAGAUGGUGGAGCAAGGGGAGAUGGUGGAGCAAGGGAGAUGGUGGAGCAAGGGGAGAUGGUGGAGCAAGGGGAGAUGGUGGAGCAAGGGAGAUGGUGGAGCAAGGGAGAUGGUGGAGCAAGGGGAGAUGGUGGAGCAAGGGGAGAUGGUGGAGCAAGGGGAGAUGGUGGAGCAAGGGCAGAAGGUGGAGCAAGGGGAGAUGGUGGAGCAAAGGAGAGAUGGUGGAGCAAGGGGAGAUGGUGGAGCAAGGGGAGAUGGUGGAGCAAGGGAGAUGGUGGAGCAAGGGAGAUGGUGGAGCAAGGGGAGAUGGUGGAGCAAGGGAGAUGGUGGAGCAAGGGAGAUGGUGGAGCAAGGACAGAUGGUGGAGAAAGGGGAGAUGGUGGAGCAAGGGAGAUGGUGGAGCAAGGGGAGAUGGUGGAGCAAGGGAGAUGGUGGAGCAAGGGAGAUGGUGGAGCAAGGGAGAUGGUGGAGCAAGGGGAGAUGGUGGAGCAAGGGGAGAUGGUUGAGCAAGGGGAGAUGGUGGAGCAGGGAGAUGGUGGAGCAAGGGGAGAUGGUGGAGCAAGGGAGAUGGUGGAGCAAGGGGAGAUGGUGGAGCAAAGGAGAGGUGGUGGAGUAG